GUGGCACGAGUUUCCCAUAGAACACGAACUAAUAGAGGGCAGCUCGUAGUCGGAGCGCGACGCCGUGUUAAUGCGAAAUUGCUAUAGUUCGAGAUAAUUGUGACACCGAAAAAUGAGUUUAUAUUAUAAAACUGUGACGCAAAUUAUGGUGAUAUGAUCUGAUUGAACUUGUUCAGUUCUUUUUAUAGUAAUUAUUUAUUUCACGUUUGCAAAAAUACGUUUUACUUCGAAAAUAGUGAUUAUUUUUUUAAAUUGUUUUCUAUUAUUUAUUUUAUGAAGCAAAAUGUAAUGAAAAAUUUAGCUUUUGAAUAUAAAUCAUUACAAUGAAGGACAAGGUGCAGGGUUGCUCUCAUUUGAUCUAAGUGUUAACGAAAAUCAUUGGUGUAGCAGUCUUCAUAAACUUGAUCAUUGCCGGUAAAUCCUGGGAUCGCCGUUGCUUUUGAGAGAAUCUCAUAGAAUGUGCUCGCCGAAAAUGCACCCGAAUCGACAACGCACCGUCUCAUACUAACGAAUAUUGUCAAUUACGAAACGCCAGCGAUGGAUUACCAACUUUUAUACCUUUUGGUGGUCGCCACCCUUUCAUGUAGAAUAGCAGUAGCCGAGGGGCCCAUAUAUGAUGGCAGUCAGCCAAACCCUCCCAGCCCACCGUCAGCAGCAGCUGGCAACUAUCUCACGCAGACAGUAUACGGUUUCCUCGAUUUCACCACUACAAUUGGCAAUACCGUAAUGGUCUUCUCUCCGCACUCGGCACCGCCUCCAGGUCAACCACCGAAAACGGAGAAAUCUGUACAAGAAAACAUUAUUGAAACUAAACCACCUCCGCCAUCAGUAACCAGUGUUAAACCUGAAACCAUUAAACCAAGCAAAAUAGCAGAUAAGGAUAAGACAAAGAAGCCAAUUGCACCUGCCCCCGUAUCCAGUGCUGUUUCAGUUACAUCAUCUCCACCUAAAAAAGAUGAUAAAAUUGCUAAUGUGCCAAAAUCUAGCGCAAAAGAACAAAAACAGAUAAUUACAAAAGUAGAAGUAGUAGCUGGUCCAUCAAAAAUAAUAGAAAGCCCUAAACAAUCAUCUAGCACUCCUAAAUUAUCAUCACAAAAACCAAAUAAACAAAGCUCUCAGUCUAGUAGUAAAAAACAACACAAAAGUGAAACUAUUAAAUCUGUUACUAAUAUUGUUAGCAGUAAAGUCGAAGUUAAACAAGCUCCUCCUCCAUCAAUAAUUAGUUCUAAAGUAAGUAGCGUAGUUCAAAUUAAAUCAAGUCAAAAUGAUGAAGAACCUGCCAUCUUAAUCACGAAUAACAAUAUCGGGGAACCUGAAUAUGAUUUCUUAUCCCGCCAACCAUCUGAAUUUGUGGAAGAGACAUACAAAGUUAUUAAUAUAAGACCAUCUAAAACACAUGGUCAAAAAUCCAAACCAGGUCAUAAAAAUAGAUUACAUCAACCAACACCACCACCAAAUGACGAAGAACAACCUCUUGGUUUAGUUACAACUCUCGGAGGUACUAUAGUAAAAGACGGGCUAACAACUAUUCAUGAAACUAGUGUUAUCGGUACAUAUAUAUCUGGUAAAUACGCUCAAGUAUUAAAUAGCAACUCAAAAGUUUUACCAGCAUCUGGACAUAGAGCAAAAAUAGCACCUACUCCUACUCACAGAAUUUUAAAAACUGCAGCACCUGGUUUAUCUAAAAAUCAUAGAUUUAAUUUGGAACCAACACCUUCGCUUAGCGAUGACGAAAAUAACUUUAGCAAAAGUACACGGAAGCAAAGCAGUAGCGGCAAUUCUUUUAAAAACCGUCAUAGAGCUCAAAAUCAUCCAGACAAUGAUAGUCAUGAUAAUUCUACGCCAACACAAAGUAAGAAAUUUAAAAACAGAAACUCUCAACGAACACAAAGUACUCGUUAUGGUCGGCCGGCAAAAAGUCCUCAACUGGCUACCGUCUCUGUUUUCAGUGAAACGACAACAGCAUCAUUCUCUAAUAAAAGAAAAAGUAAUCGUCAUUCAGGGCAUAAAACAACUGUGACUCCUUCGAGUAAUGACAGUCAAUCAAGACGAGGUUUUAAGCCACGCAUUCAAGCAACGCCUGUUGAUGCUACUCCAGCUGCUUCUACCAGUAUAUAUAAAUUUAAACUAAAUCGUGCGCCAGGAUCUGGGCGUUGGCAGUACAAAACAAGUCCAAAACCAAAAGUAACGAUACGCAAAAUCAACGAUGAUGAACAACAAACGACACCUAUCCCUAACCCACUGAUUGAUGACCCACAAUCAAACGACAUUUCUCCUCAAGCGAGGUCAGAUAAUGAUCUGGAGUUAUCAGGAUCACAAAGUGGUCCCGGCACACUUUUUGAAAAUGACACCGAAGAUAAUUCAAUUGAAAAGCUACCACCAGUUGAAACGCUUAAAGUUGAAAUAUCUACUCCCGCUGAUUUUCGAGAUGUUUAUUAUGAAAUAGCUACUAUCAAGUCUCCUUACACUUUCCAGGUUGGACGUGUCAAAAACACUCGUAUCAUUACCGUUACCUCUACAAUAGAAAAACGCAUCGAACCAACCGCUAUUAAUUCGCAAAGUUCUCUCAACGAACCGUUGACAGAAAACAUAUUAGCGACUGCAUCACCUUAUGGUAAAGAUCAUAAUUUAGAUUCCAGCAUUGCAACAUUACCCGCUAUUACUUUGACCUCAGAUAUGGAAACUCCACCAUUGGAAACCGUAACUGAAACAUUCAGUACGACGCAACAUAUGUUGAAAACUCACAUUUUACCUGUGGUAAGAGAUGUUAAUAUAACUAACAGCCUCACAUUCAUACAAACAUAUGAAGUGACAAGAUUUGUAACCGCUACAAAAACUUUACCACCAAUGGACUUCUUCCAAUUUAUACCUAGCAAAACAUUAAAAGAAUUUAACAGUCGUUUAGACGAGGCUGGUUCGGAAUUACAUUUAGAAUUAGACUUUGGAGACAGCAAUGAAGACGAAGAUGGUGUUCCGAGACGUGUUUUCCCUCCUGACUUGGAUCUAGCAAACAUUGGUUCCGAUUUUGAUCUUACUGAAGUAGACAAAUACAGAUUACCAGAUAAUCACUUAAGAUCAAAAAAGGCCCAUGGUCAAAAUAAAUCUAAUCAUGUAACAGAAGCACCUUCUCCAGCGACGCCAGCCUUGACGCCAGAACAAGCCCAGCAACUUGCUCUCCUGAGACUACUAAAUCCUGCCGCUGCUGCUCAAAUCCCUAACAUUGUCACUACAUCUAAACCUGUCUUGAAAUAUGAAACUAUUUACGAGUCCCAUGUCAUACCAAUAUUUGACGGUAAAAAUACAAUUCAUAGCACUAUCUCUAGACCUGUAGCUACUGUUACAAAAACAGACUACGAAAUUGGAACGAGCAGUCUCCCAGCACUUCCAUUGCAACCCAUUAAUCCACUAUUCCCACAACAACAAUUCACAGUAACUUCGACACCUGUUGUUAUGAACACAGAAGUUACUGCUACGGACAGUCAAGUUCUAAAACUGAAUUUUGGUGCUAAAACAGUGUACACCACACUGUUUACAACAAAAGUUGUGCCAACCAUAUUAACUACGUACGUUACAUCUUCAGUGCCAGUGGCGCCGAGCGCCGGUUUCCCAGGAUACUUCCCCGCACCAUUCGCACCAUUCCCUUAUGUAGGUUAAUUAUUACUUUGUAAUAUAUAUUCGGACUGACAUGAUUUAUAAAAUUAUGGACGCUGUAAAAGUGACAAUAAUAACUCAAAGUUUCACGCGAAAAACAACUUUUAACGUGAGUGCGUUAUUGUAGUGCACGUGAUAAACUAUAUAGCGAGUGGGUGAGCUGUAAACAGUGCAAAAGCAGCAAAAUGUUGAAAUUUAUAGCCUUUGUGGGAACACGAACUCUAAACUGUAUUUCUUCUAAGUUUCGUGAGCCCGACGCGGAGCGGUGUUGCGUGUUACUAAGACCUCAUGUGAGGUUUUAGUAACACGACUAAUGAAAAAGUUCAAUACGUAAUAAGUAAACAACUACCAACUAUUUACUUUCGUAAUCUUUAAACGCCUUGUAAAUAAUGUUAUUUAUACUAAGUAAUAUAUUGUACAUAAUAAGCUUAUAUAUAUAUUAUAUGUUCAUGUUAUAUAUACAUAAAGUACUUAAAUCUAAGUGAACUUGUAGAUAAUUGUAACUUUGUACUAUAUACAUUUUGAUAUGAUUUAUACAAUGUAUUGCUUAAACGAAAGGGAUGUACAUUAAAUAAAAUAUUUUCCAUUAGAUUUUGUUUAUUUUAAUCUUAAUGUAGUACUUUAAAAAAAUAUGUUCACGGGAUUAUAGUCCCAUAUGAGGCAAACAGAAAUAAUAUUGAUUGAUUGAUGUCAUCACUCGUGUCACUCGAAAUACUCACAUUUUCUCGAACAUAUUUAAUACUGUAAUCAGGGUGCAAAGCCAUCAUUCGCUCUUUGAUUAACACUAUUUUAUAUCACUGGAAAAUUAGAAAUUUAUAUAAAUGUAUAAGAUUAUCAAUAGUGUAAUAAACUUAAUAGUUCAAUAGCCUAAUGGUCACGGUGCUUUUAGGUUUAUUAAAAAUAAUUUUCUAUUUUUUUUUCUUUUAGUUUUUAUUUAUAAUAAUUUUAGACAUAUUUUCUUCUGUAUUAGGCUUAAAGUGAUAGACAUAUUCUUUGUGUACUCCAACGUUAUUUUUAAAUGAUAAUAUUCAUAUUCAUAGAAUUGAAAUUACGUUUUACCUUUUCACAAAGAAAAAUAUCCAAUUUACUCUAGAUCCAGUCUAAUAUUUCACAGAGUUGAGAGGUUUAUUUCCCAUGAUAUCUUAAUUAAAGCCGUUUCAUACUGAACAGCGGCGCCGAAAGAAACAAAGAGGCCUCAAGUUAUGAAACUAAGAUUAAUGGAAGCUGUUUUGUAAACUUAAUAAGUAAACCUUAAUCUUAGAAAUUAUUUUUCUUAUAAAUUAGG